AUUGAUCUGGACACCAUCGAUGUCAGCAACCUCAACAGGCAGUUCCUGUUUCAAAAGAAGCACGUGGGAAGAUCGAAGGCCCAGGUUGCCAAAGAAAGUGUGCUCCAGUUCCACCCCCAGGCUAACAUCCAGGCUCACCAUGACAGCAUCAUGAACCCAGACUAUAACGUGGAAUUUUUUCGACAGUUUAUAUUGGUUAUGAACGCGUUAGAUAACAGAGCUGCCCGAAACCAUGUAAAUAGAAUGUGUCUGGCAGCUGACGUGCCUCUCAUUGAAAGUGGAACUGCUGGUUAUCUUGGACAAGUGACCACUAUCAAGAAGGGUGUGACUGAGUGUUACGAAUGUCAUCCUAAGCCAACGCAGAGGACAUUUCCUGGCUGCACGAUCCGGAACACACCUUCUGAACCAAUUCACUGCAUCGUCUGGGCAAAGUAUUUGUUCAACCAGCUGUUUGGAGAGGAAGAUGCUGAUCAAGAAGUGUCUCCUGACAGGGCCGACCCGGAAGCUGCCUGGGAGCCAACUGAAGUUGAAGCCAGAGCCAGAGCGGCUAAUGAAGACGGAGACAUUAAGCGUAUCUCCACUAAGGAAUGGGCGAAGUCAACCGGAUAUGACCCAGUUAAACUUUUCACCAAGCUUUUUAAAGAUGAUAUUAGGUACCUGCUGACAAUGGACAAACUCUGGCGCAAGAGGAAACCUCCAGUUCCCCUGGACUGGGCUGAAGUGCAGAGUCAAGGAGAAGCCAAUGCAUCUGAUCAACAAAACCAGGCCCAGUUGGGUUUGAAGGACCAGCAGGUUCUGGAUGUAAGGAGCUAUGCAAGUCUGUUUUCCAAGAGCAUUGAGACUCUGAGGGUCCAUUUAGCAGAAAAGGGGGAUGGCGCUGAGCUCAUCUGGGACAAGGACGACCCACCAGCAAUGGACUUCGUCACUUCGGCUGCUAACCUCAGGAUGCACAUUUUCAGCAUGAAUAUGAAGAGCAGGAAUGAUAUAAAAUCAAUGGCGGGGAAUAUCAUUCCUGCUAUCGCUACCACCAAUGCAGUGAUCGCCGGCUUGAUCGUGUUGGAAGGUUUGAAGAUUCUGUCAGGAAAAAUAGACCAGUGUAGAACCGUGAGUAAUGUUUUGUUAGACUUUAUAGUGAAAGAGAAGUUCGCUAUGGUGGCACCGGAUGUCCAAAUAGAAGAUGGGAAAGGAACGAUCCUGAUAUCUUCAGAAGAGGGAGAGACAGAAGCUAAUAACCCCAAGAAGUUGUCUGAUUUUGGAAUUAGAAAUGGCAGCCGGCUUCAAGCAGAUGACUUCCUUCAAGACUACACUUUACUGAUCAACAUUCUUCAUAGCGAAGAUCUAGGAAAGGAUGUUGAAUUUGAGGUUGUUGGUGAUGCCCCAGAAAAAGUGGGUCCCAAACAAGCUGAAGAUGCUGCCAAAAGCAUCACCAAUGGCAGUGACGAUGGUGCCCAACCUUCAACCUCCACAGCACAAGAGCAAGAUGAUGUGCUCAUAGUUGAUUCCGACGAAGAAGGGCCUUCAAACAGCGCUGACGGCAGCGAGGACGACAGAGCCCGCAAGCGGAAACUGGAAGAGACUGAGGGAGCCAGUGCCAAGAGGUCCCGCUUGGAACAAGCCGAAGAUCUUGAUGACGUCAUAGCGUUAGACUGAGCCGACUGAGCCGCCCUUGCCCUGGUCAGAACCAAAGGUUUUGUCCUUUCUUGUAGAGGGAAAGCACGGGCUGCGGAGGCGUUGGUUCCGCUCCUGUGAGAAGCAUUCAUUGCUGAGACUGUUAGAGACUGUGUUGCUGAUUGAGUAGGAAGGAGUGUAGUGUUGGGGACCUGUUGAGCGGAGCCGGGAGGAGCCGGGAGGAGCCGGGAGCGCGUGCAUGCUGCCUUCCUGUAAAUAGCCUUAGCUGUCAUUGCCUAGUGGGAACCUGUGGGGUAGGAACGCUGAGACCUGGGUAUAAAUAUUAUGCCUUUAUUUUUGGCUGGAGAAGAGUUAUUUUUAGCCUAGAUCUAACCAUUUUCAUACUCUUACCUGAAAGAUCACAUAAGUGUCAAGUGCUAUGCAUUGAAACUUGUUUUUUAAAUGUUACCUGGCACUGUAUAUUAAUGUAAAACAAUGUUAAUUUACUCAAAUUUUCAGUUUGUACUGCCUGGUAUGUCUGUGUAAGAAGCCAAUUUUUGUGUAUUUGUUACAGUUUCAGGUUAUUUAUAUUUGAUGUUUUGUAAACUCAAACAACAAAUAUACUGUACUUAUGGACCAAAUAAAUGGCGUCUGCAUACUUGUUA